CGACGCAGGCCCCGGCCCCGCCAUGUGGUUCAUGUACGCGCUGAGCUGGCUCUCCCUGCUCAUCCAAGUGGCCUUCGUCACCCUGGCCAUCGCGGCCGGGCUCUACUACCUGGCGGAGCUGAUCGAGGAGUACACGGUUGUCACCAAGAGGAUCAUCAAGUACAUGAUCUGGUUCUCCUCGGCCGUGCUGGUGGGGCUCUACCUCUUCGAACAGUUCCCUGGCUUCAUGGUCGGAGUGGGGCUCUUCACCAACCUCGUCUACUUCGGGCUGCUGCAGACCUUCCCCUUCAUCGUGCUCACCUCCUCCAACUUCAUCCUGUCCUGUGGGCUGGUUAUAUUCAAUCACUACCUGGCGUUCCAGUACUUCGCUGAGGAGUAUUACCUGUUCUCUGAGGUUCUUGCCUACUUCACCUUCUGCCUCUGGUUAAUCCCCUUUGCUUUCUUCGUCUCCUUGUCGGCUGGGGAGAACGUCCUGCCCUCCACAGUGCAGCCUGGAGACGACGUGGUCUCCAACUACUUCACCAAAGGGAAGAGGGGGAAGCGCUCUGGGAUCCUCCUCAUCUUCUCUUUCAUCAAGGAGGCCAUCCUGCCCAGCCGACAGAAGAUCUACUGAGCAGGGAUGCUGCCCUGACGGAGCGGGGCAGCCCCAGACUGUGCAGGGGGCUGUGGGGCAGCAGCCCUGACCCCAGGCCUCGCUCCAUC